CGAGCAAAACACAAGGAGGUGUGUCUUCAUAAAGACAGUCCACUUGGAGAAACAAUUCUAGAGUGCUACAAUUGUGGAUGCCGAAAUGUCUUUCUUCUUGGCUUCAUUUCUGCCAAGACAGAGAGUGUCGUUGUUCUCCUCUGUAGAGAACCUUGUCUAAGUGUUAAUGCAUUAAAGGAUAUGAACUGGGACCUAAGUCAGUGGUGCCCACUCAUUGAUGACAGGUGCUUUUUGCAGUGGCUUGUUAAGGUCCCUUCCGAGCAAGAACAGUUGAGAGCGCGCCAGAUCAGUGCUCAACAAAUCAACAAAGUAGAAGAAUUGUGGAAGACAAAUCCUGAUGCUACCCUGGAAGAUCUUGAGAAGCCUGGUGUGGAUGAUGAGCCUCAGCCUGUUGCCUUGAAGUAUGAAGAUGCCUAUCAGUAUCAAAACAUAUUUGCACCAUUGAUCAAGCUUGAAGCUGACUAUGAUAAGGUAUGUCAGGAUCUUAAGAUUAUUUUAGAUGCUGGUGCCUGA